GAUAAAUCUGGUCACACAAAUUCUGCUAGUUACGUCGGUUGCGUUUUUAGAAACUAACUAAAUUUAGUUUUAUUCACUAAAAAUGUUGCCCAUAGCGCGAGGGAUAUUCACUGGCUUGGCUAGCAUAACGCGCAGCAGCCGGGGCGCUACUUUGCACACAGUUAGCGCCUUCAGGGGCAAGGCAGAAACAGCAGCAGCAGCAGCAGCGGAAAACGAAGCAGGGGCCGGCGAUGGCGAAGAGGAGCCAACAAGCUCUGGCCCGGACCCCAAAGAUCGCACCCAAGUGAUACCCGUGGAGACAUCAAUACGUUAUCUGAAGAGUGCCGCCUACAAGCAGACCUAUGGCGAGGAUUACGUGUGGACUCAAUAUCGGCGCAACCACAAAGGCAUGUAUGCGCCGCGUAUGACCCGCAAGACCUGCAUUCGCCAGGGCAAAAUCUCCACCGGCAAUCCUUGUCCCAUUUGUCGGGAUGAGUAUCUUGUGCUGGAUUACCGCAACACGCAACUGCUGGAGCAGUUUAUAUCGCCCCACAGUGGCGAUGUGCUCAGCUACUCGAAGACGGGUCUCUGCCAGAAGAGUCAUUUGCGUUUGAAAGUGGCGGUGGAGCAGGCCCGGGAUUCUGGCCUUAUUACCUACGAUGUGCCAUUCAGAGAGUACGACUACAACGAGUUCUAUGGCCAGCAAAAGUCCUAAUAUUAGUUAAUCAUGUUUAAAUAAACGAUUGUUAAA